CACAAAUAUCAAAACACAUGGCACGUAAAAUUAUAUAAAGAGAAACUCUAUGUUGAAAUUCGACGCAAGUUCUACCGUCUAAAACGAACUUUACAAGUCUUUAAACCGUCGAAUUUAAAACGUCUCAAUGACGAUUAUACGUCGUUUAAUGACAUAAAUUCGCCUGCUCGUGAAGUUCGUCCGCUCGAUGAUUUUUUGUUCAUGUGACGUUUGAGACGAGUCCGAGAUAAACGCGACCGCGACGAGACGUAAUGAUCGAAAUAGCGCGACGUGACAUCACGAAGACCUGGAGAUAAUAUACUGUGCGGACACGGGGAGGCGGCAAUAGAUCACUCGACAGGGGGUGGGUCAUGUACGCUGCCGUGAGGGGAAACGCAUUCACGAGCCGCUUCUGGUCGCGUGGACUUGCGCGCAUUCGCGGAUCGAGGUUGUCGACAUCGGCCAAGAAGACCGACGUGAACGAGGCGGUGGCGGCGGAGAUCGCAAGCAUUACGGAAUGCAAAACGCCUACGAAAGAGGCAAAAAUCGCGCCGAGAAUACAAACUGUACGCGUGUAUCGAUGGAAUCCGGAAACGCCGAACGUGAAGCCGUACAUGCAGCAGUUCAGCGUGGAUCUGAACAAGUGCGGCACGAUGGUGCUGGACGUGUUGACAUUAAUCAAGGCGCAGCACGAUCCGACGUUGUCCUUCCGGAGGUCCUGCCGCGAGGGGAUCUGCGGAAGUUGCGGGAUGAAUAUAAACGGCGUGAACACCCUGUCUUGCCUAACAAAGGUGAAAGAAUCUCCGCAGCCGCUGGUGAUCUAUCCUCUACCGCAUGCGUACGUGAUUCGAGACUUAAUACCGGACAUGGAACAGUUCCUUGGACAGUUCCAGAAAAUCGAACCGUAUCUAAAGCGACCGGGUGAGGACGAAUUUCUCGGUAUGCGGCAAAUUUUGCAAAGCACAAGGGACAGGCGCAAACUCGACGGCUCGUACGAGUGCGUAAUGUGCGGAUGCUGCACGUACUCGUGCCCUCCUUACUGGUGGCUCGGCGACAAGUACCUGGGGCCCGCGGUGCUACUGCAGGCGUACAGGUGGGUGAUAGACUCGCGGGACAUGACGCAUGACGAGAGGCUGGCGAAGUUGCGGGACUUCUACUCGGUUUAUCGAUGCCACACGAUCUUCAACUGCACCAAGACGUGUCCAAAGGGCCUGAAUCCGGGAAAAGCAAUAGCGCAGCUAAAACGUUUGCUGGCCGGACUUAUGAAGAAAGAGAAACCAGACCUCGACACAGCACUUCCGAAUCCCUGCAAGAGCGAGGAGGAAUAUUUAAGCAGAAAGGAAUAAAAAAAAAAAAUAACGAUAGUUCGCGAGACGUUCCUCUUUAUUGUAUAGUGUCCAUCACUUUGAAUAAAGAACUCUGUAUAAUUGAACACAAGAGCAAUUUUGUUACCAUGUAAGAGGUGAUAAACUCGUAAUAAUACAGUUAAAUGUAUAAGAUAAAUUAAGCUUAUAUUGUUCACGCACACUUGGCAUUAAACGUAAGACAGUCUUAAUCUCUUUUUAUUA